GCCAUCGAUAUCCGUGGGAUUUUGUAUGUAGGUUUCUUAGGUUUCUUAGGGAAUCGCAAUGUAACUCUACCUGCAGCUGUAGGGCGUCUCCGGGUUCACUUCCGCCUCCAACUUUUUUUUUGAUGAGGCUGAAUCAAUCCGAUAAAUCAUUACAUCCUGGUUCUUCAACGUCAACUCCUCUUAUCCAUCUCAUAAUAUGAUCAAAAUAUGACCUAGAUCAUUACCAAUUCACCUUCCGCAUAAUCCAUUUGCCCCUGCCUUGCGCAGCACUUGUUAGGCCGUCAUUAGGCCGCCUGUAUUGGCCGAAUCUCAUCCCACUGACUUGACCGGCUGAUUAUACGCGCGCGAGAGAGAGGGAGACCGUACCCGACCCUGACCUAAAACCGCCCAUCUAAGUCUCGCAUAACCUUUCCCCGCCACUGACGGCCCGAGACUUAAUUCCUUCUCGGCAGAACCCAAACUACUUCUCUUGGCUUGCACCCGUUAGUCUCUCAUCCAGGCUAGGUAUCGUCUCAUGCUUAGAGCAUAACCUUUGGCAUUUACGAGAAUUUAUUCACCCUUUACUGCGAGCUCCGGCUCUCAUCUAAUUCAAUAUGGCGCCCAUUCUGAACCCCAGGUCCGGGCUCAGGGCGCGGGGGAGUCACAUGUCUGCCGGUGCAAUUGCUGGAACGGUUAUCGGCUGUGCCUUCGGAGGCAGCCUGUUACUCAUAGUCCUGGGCUUUCUCUACUUCCGGUACAGGCGGAAGGUAAGAGAGGCGAAAGAAGCGGGGAUAUUGCCAGCUGGAAGCUCUACAGUCUCCCAAGUCAGGACGUUAUUUCCUUUCCAGGGCUUCCGGCCUAGGCAAACCCCUGCCACACAACCGGAUCAUCCUCCUUCUAUGAAGGAUGAUUUCGAGAGAAUCAACCCAGGCUUCAGCGACAGCUCUAAGUUCCAACAGACACAACCUGCCGUUUAUGGAGGAGGAUUUGUGAGUGGUCAUGAAUCUUAUCACCUACCUCAAAAUUUCGGUCAGCCGUCUCUACCCCCGGGCAUCGACUUUCCUCUGCCCCCUCAGCCGACAGCUUUUUCAACUACCAACGACCUUGGGGCCAAUCUGCCUUCUGACAAUGCCGUCACGGGAUACGAAGCAGCCAAUUCUAGUUAUUAUGACACCAGGAUCUCGAUGGGCUCAAAUCCUGAGCAAGAAACGAUACCACCGUCUAGACAAAUGACUGAGCUUUACGAGGCUCAGCUGAGAGAUUCCCGAGAACAUCGAAGAAGAAGAAGUGGCUCUCUGACUAGUCGAAUCUGGAAUAGCAUCAAGAGGAAACGUUCUACGCAUUCCUCGGCUCAUGGCACCGUAAGCCCCCAGUACUCGACAUCUCAACAGUACUUUCCCGCUUCGCCAGUUGUUAGUCCCGUCGGUAUGAGACCAGAAUCCGAUUUAGAAGCUGCGGAAGGAACUAGUACUCAAGCAAAACUUCUCGCGAAUCAAAUUUUUGAAGAGCCUGCCGAAAUUUCUGGAGAAACGGGUAUCUCGAUCGCUUCUGCAGGCGGAAACUGGUCAGAAAAGGAUCAGCAACACAAGAAACAGAGACAAGGAGACUCCCAGUACGACGUGUACCCUCUUCGGACUAGCUCAACAAUACGAGAAACCACCGAGAGAGAUCCUGAGCUACCUUCAGCUGCCCUCAGAAGUCCGGACUCCGCCGAUCGGUUACCUCACUCAACUCAGCCACAAUCCGAGACCCGGCCCCAAGAACGACUUAUGAGCCCGGCCAUCCCGGAGCCUAUGGAGCUGGACGAGACACUUGAUGCUACUCAUAGACCCUCUAUCUUCCACAGCUCACACUCUCCUCCUCUUCAGCCAGAAUCGUUCGUGUCGCCGAUGUCCAUCAUGCAACCCUCUAACGCUGCCGAGAAAGCUGCUUAUACUCAUUACCAAAUGGAGAACUCAGCGUCUCCUCCGACCUUCCCUACCUCGCCUCCUGCCAUCGUCACAGACCAGGCGGCGCAAGAAAACCCCGAAAACUUUUUUCAUGGUUCUCAAGAGGACAUCGAUGUAGAGAGCUUCCUGGAUAUCCCUAGUGAUGACGAGCCUCGCCUAUCCGGUGAUUCGUACGACUACAGUACCACACCAGGGCAGAGCUCUACGGAUCCCUCCAUGGGAAGGACGCCGGACACCCGGCUUACGGUAUCCCCGUCACCGUAUCCAAACAUAAAUGAACAUAUCAAGAUGGAACCAGAGUCGAGCUCGUCGCCGGAGGUAUCCAAGAUUCCUUCUCCCCAAUCAUCCGGUCAUAUCUGCGAAGAGUGCGGCCGGUAUUUUGAUCAGGUCCAUAAACUUAACCACCAUAAACGUUAUCACGACCGCAAACACGAGUGCCCUUACGAGGGAUGCGAUAAGAAGUUUGGUACAAAGACACACCUUGAUCGACAUAUCAACGAUAAGCAUGUCAAGUCGAAAGCCUAUCACUGUACGGAACCAACAUGUGCGUACUUCAAAGGAAGAAAAGCAUUCCCGAGAAAAGACAAUUGGAGACGGCAUAUGAUAAAAAAACACGGGGCGAUGCCUAACGAUCUAGAGGCAAUGGAUGAGUCGAUGGUAUGAUAGUCGACAAGUAUGCACAGCUCUCAACCGCUUGUUAGCAAUAAUAGCAGAUGCACAUUGCUGUACGUCCACCUCCUAGACGUGUAUUAUAGCACUACGAUUGGUUCCACAAUAUCAAUCAGUAAAGUCUAUACGGAGCUAGCAUGGCUCGGCGCCGUUUAAGGACGAAUCAUUCGGCUUCUUCAAUAUUAUGAGCCAUGCCCCCCCGGACCUACACAUACUAUUACCACUCUGAAUAGUAUAAGAUCUGAAGACUUCCAAUCCACGGCCAAUUUUUUUCUAUAGACUUGUUAACUUGGAUUUCAAUACGCUCGUUUGCAUAUAUUUGGUAUACAUUUGGUAAUAUAUUUAGGGCAUAUGGGAACAAGCGAAGUCGGGACCUCACUUUGAGUUGGUCAUUGUAACAAAGCUGGGCGCAAAGGAUUCCUCUCAGCGGGUGUAUAUUUCAUAUACGGUAUGAGCUUAGCUCCCAAUGAAUGUGGCCAUUUUGGCCGAGGGCAAAACGGUUGGAAGCUCUCGAGCAACUUGCGAUGCGAAUCAUUUCUAUGCUUGUCAGUUCCGUCAUUGAUUAGUGUUGAUUCCGACGUCAUCCUGUUUUCUAGCUUAUUCUCGCCGGUCUUGCAACUUGUUUGCUUAGUAGUCAUGUCCAGUUGUAGUGUAAAGCUAGUAGAUGGAUAAAUUUAAGUAGUAAUUGUAACUGAAAGCAUCACGAAGAUGUCCAAUAUUAAUG